AUGGGCAAUGGGAACACAACUAUGGGCGGCUUCAACAAGUCCUGCUCCCAUCAAGCCUUAAAUACCUCCCAUCAGGCGACUUCAGAAAUAGCGCUUGUCGGUUUUAAACCAGAGGAGUUGACAAUUUACCUUACAGUGACACUUUUUAUGCUGGUUGUCAUGCUUCUUAAACUUGGUUAUAGAAAAGUUCCACAUUUGGGUGCCUACUUUCCCGAAUCUCUUCUCCUCAUGUUGGUGGGACUGGCGUUUGGAGCGAUUAUUCGCUACACUGACAGUGGUUGCACAUAUGCUAAUACACUACGUCUUUCUCCGAACCUCUUCUUCACCAUUCUCCUACCACCCAUCAUGCUUGAAUCCGCCUACAGCAUCUACAAUAAAAAAUUUGGUGAAAUUUUUGCAACCAUACUUUUCUUUGCCGUGAUUGGAACUGUGCUCAACUUCCUACUCAUUGGUUUAGGACUUUAUGUUGUGGACAAAACAAUUGGCCUAGGUGAACCCAAGCUCUACUUUGGAAUAAAGGAGUUUUUCCUCUUCGCCUCUCUCAUUGUUGCUGUAGAUCCGGUGGCUGUGUUGGCGAUAUUUCAAGACAUAGGCGUUGAUCUCAAUCUGUAUUACAUGGUUUUCGGCGAGUCAUUGUUGAAUGAUGCUGUGACAGUUGUGCUGUACAACAUAAUGAGUGCUUUUGUGGCAUCAACAAGUGUGAGUGGAUGGCAGAUAGCAGUGGGCAUUGGAUCCUUCUUCACUGUCAGUUUGGGAGGAGCUGUGAUUGGACUUCUUCAUGGCAUCUUCUCCUGCUUCUUAACGCGUUUCAGUGUAGUCUCUGAGACUAUUGGCAUCCUCCUAACUAGCUACUUAGCCUACAUUGUUGCCGAUUUGUUCGCUUGGUCUGGAAUUAUCUCCAUAAUAGUCUGCGGAGUGUUUCAAUCGGCUUAUGCUUUUCAUAAUCUCACACCAUUGUCUGUUAUGGUGUUGGAAUCGGCUGUGGAACAGGUAGCGUCAAUUGCUGAGGCCAUUAUUUUCCUUCUUCUCGGUUCUGAAGUCUUUGCACUCAAUCUUCGAUGGCAUGCUGGAUUUUUGAUCACCUCUUUGCUGCUUAGCGUGAUUGUUCGAUUUGUUGUGACUGCAAUCCUAUCCAUAAUCGUAAACAAAAAUCGGUCUAAACAGAACCGAAUAUCGUGGUCCGAACAAAUUAUAAUUAGCUAUGGAGGACUGCGUGGAGCUGUAGCAUUUUCACUAGCUGUUCUAAUCAAUGCUGAAAGCCUAGGUGACGGAUCACACCUUGCAAGAGAUGUUCAAGUAACCGCCGCAAUCGCUGUCAUUUUCUUCACCGUAGCAGUGAUGGGAACAACUAUUAAACCAUUGGUUCGAUUGCUCAACAUUCGCCUACACUCAGACAAGGACUCUGCAAGAAAUCUUUUUCUCACUCUAAAUGAUUCAGUGAUGGAGGAUAUUCUUGUCUUCAUUGAGGAGUUAAUGUCAUCACGUGGUGUUCACUCCUUUGUGCGUGCAUUAUCUGCUUUUGACGACAAGUAUAUCCGACCCAUACUACAAAGAGAUGCUGCCACCCAUGAAAUGCGAAUUGUUAAUGCGUAUGCAAAAUUAGCACUUCAGAUUCACUCCGAAGCUAUAGGAACACGCGGUCCCUCAGAACCCAAACAAUCAAUUGCUCGUAGUGAGCGGAGCAUUGAAGAAGUGCCACCAAAAGAUGACAUUGGGGUAGAAAUUAUACCUGACUUACUGUUUUCAUCAAGUCUACCAUCUGCAAGUUAUCGCCAUCGGCUAACACUGGCAGCCAUAUCUAGCGUAGGUCCAGAGGUUACGUAUGGCCAUGUCAAAAAUAUUAAUUUUGCGUCAGCACAAAGAGCACAGUUUGCGAAAUUGAGUCGUGCUCAAGCAACCUUUGCGAGAACGAUGGAUUUAUAUGCACGACAACAUGAAUCCAUGGAGCCAACCGAACCCAAGGAGUCGCGCCAUGGAAUUAAUCGACACAGAGGCCAACUCAUACGGCAAAUUGCAAAUUGUACAGAUAGUGAGACUCAUUCUGCAACGAGGUCUCAAGGAUUGAAGCUGCAUUCAUGUCGAUUGGAGCCAACACCCACCUCCAUCACACUUGCUGCAAUGCAGGAGGAGAGGGAGGCACCAGAGGAUGGGGAACAGGAAAUGAAGGAGGGCAGAGGUGUUCGCUCAAAGUCGAUUGAUUUGUAA